CACUGAAAUCAUCUCAUGUCGUUAAACUAGUUCUAGUCUAGUACACCAGCCUUCCAAGUGACUCGCUACUCUCCGACUACCCAAAUAUCAUCUCUAAAUAUACAGCACACCAAUCGCAAUGCCCAUGUUUGCAAAUAACCUCCUACGAAAAGCGGCUGCAGGCCAGCUGUGCAAGGCCUUUGGCGUCAAAGCCAUGGCCCACCCGACCAUAGCCACGGUCGUCAAGAACGCCGGCUACGACAGCCUCUUCAUCGACCUUGAGCACUCCAACCUCAGCAUCUCCGACGCCAGCAUCCUCAGUCACGCCAGCCUCAACGCCGGCCUGACCCCAUUCGUCCGCGUCCCGCACCAGUGCGGCAACGGCUUCGUGCAGAGGGUGCUGGACGGCGGCGCCAUGGGCGUCAUCUUUCCCCAUGUCUCUAGUGUCGAGGACGCAAAAGCCGCAGUAUCAAUCUCCAAAUACCCCCCGCAGGGCGUGCGGUCCAUGACGGGCCAGCUGCCCAUCUUCAACCUCGAGGCGGUGCCGCAGGCGACCGUCAUCGCCGAGGGCAACGCGUCGGGGUCGACGGUGCUGGUCAUGAUCGAGGACGGACGGGCCGUGGCCAACGUCGACGCCAUCGCGGCCGUUCCGGGCGUGGACGUCCUGCUGGUCGGGUCCAACGACCUAGCCGUCGACCUGGGCGCGCCGGGCGCCUUCACGACGCCCGAGUUUCGAUCGGCGCUCGAGGCCAUCGCCGCGGCGUGCAAGAGGCACGGCAAGAUCAUGGCCUUGGCUGGCAUCUACGACCAGCCCGAGAUCCAGGGCUGGGUGGUGCGAACCCUCGGGGCGAGGUAUCUGCUGUGUCAGCAGGACACGGCCGUGGUGGCGUCCGGGGCGGCUAGUGCCUUGAGAGCGGUUGAGCUUAAUGUUGAAAAUUCUUCGAGUUAGUCGAAAAAAAAAAAAAAAAAAAAAAAGACAGAGAAGC